AUGGAAUACCCUCUACCGUUGCCUACGCCGUUUCCCCAGGGCGAUCCUGACGAUCUCCCCCCCUGCCCAUCUGGAGUGAGCGAUCUGGCCAAGCCCAUCCAGGCGCUGAUAGUUGCGGGAGUGUUCGCAGGCCUUGGCGCCGGCACGGUCGCCGUGCUCGCGGGUCUUCAUUCCUUGGAGGCGGCGCUUCCGGCGGGGUGGUACUCCAUCUGGCAGUUCACCUGGGCGCCCCUCCUCGGCCUAAUCUUCUCGGCCGCAGGCAUCGCCCACUUCACCCUCCUCCGGGAGUUCUGCAACAUCUACCCGGGACGCGGCGCGUGGGGGUUCUGGUACCUCCCGGGAACCUCCAGCUUUCACGUCAAGUGGACCGGCAUCGCGGAGCUGGCCGGUGGCGUUGGGCUAGCCCUUGGCGGGCUCGGGGUGGGCGCCGAGCUGGGCCUGGAGCGCGCGGCGGCGGCGGGGCUGUUCGCGCUGGUGCUGGCGGUAACCCCGGCCAACAUCUACAUGUUUUCACACGGGGCGCAGCUUCCGGAGGGGCUGGAACUCCCGGUUUUCGGUCACGCGGUACGGGGUUUCUUUCAGUGCGUCCUGUUGGCUUUCUUUUGGACCCUCGCCAGUUCGUGAAGAGGGAUGGGGAUAGGGGUGCUUUAUUCCCCGUGCGGUGGAG